AUGGGUCAACCAGCUUGGGCUAUAAUAGGGGAAGAGGCAGAAGCGCAAAUGAUGUGGUGGAAGAACCAAACGCCUGGCCGUCAGGGACACCCGACAUUCGGCUUCAUUUCAAAGCCGGUGAAACAGAUGGAGGUGCGACCGAUGGCGACAUUCCACUCUGGUCACGUGCAUCCGUUUGGUACUGCCAGCAAGCCUUCCGUAUGA